AUGGAGGCUCCGCCGCCUCCACCGCCGCCGGGCGCCCCCAGCGCCUCGGAGCCCGCGGGCUGCCCCAAGGACGCGGACCGCCAGCUGCGCCUCCGCCUCUGCGUCCUCAACGAGAUCCUCAGCACCGAGAGGGACUACGUGGGGACCCUCCACUUCCUGCAGUCGGCAUUUCUUCAUCGGAUCCGCCAGAACGCUGUGGACAAAGCUGAGAAGUACAUAACAGAGGAGAACGUUAAGAUCCUAUUUUCUAACAUUGAAGACAUUCUUGGUGUUCACAAGGAGUUCCUGGCUGCCCUGGAAUUUUGUUUACAACCAGAACCUCAGUCUCAGCAUGAACUGGGAAAUGUUUUCUUAAAAUUUAAAGACAAGUUCUUUGUGUAUGAGGAGUACUGUAGCAACCAUGAGAAAGCGCUCAGACUGCUGAUGGAAUUGAACAAGAUCCCAACAGUGAGAGCAUUCCUCCUGAGUUGCAUGCUUUUGGGAGGCAGAAAGACUACAGACAUUCCACUGGAAGGUUAUCUACUGACUCCAAUUCAGAGAAUUUGCAAAUAUCCACUUCUGCUUAAGGAAUUGGCUAAGAGGACUCCCUCUAAGCAUCCUGAUCACCCAGCUGUCCAGAAUGCACUGCAGGCUAUGAAAACAGUCUGCACAAAUAUCAACGAGACCAAGAGACAGAUGGAGAAACUGGAAGCUCUCGAACAGUUGCAGUCCCACAUUGAAGGAUGGGAGGGGUCAAAUCUGACAGAUAUCUGCACACAGCUCUUGCUCCAAGGAACUUUGUUAAAAAUCUCAGCAGGAAAUAUCCAGGAGAGAAUGUUCUUUCUAUUUGAUAAUCUACUGGUCUAUUGCAAGAGGAAAUCCAGAGUUGCUGGGAAAAAACCAUCCAAACGGACAAAAUCAAUCAAUGGAUCCCUCUAUAUCUUCAGGGGUCGAAUAAAUACAGAAGUCAUGGAGGUGGAGAAUGUGGAGGAUGGAACAGCAGAUUACCACAGCAACGGCUACACAGUGACAAAUGGCUGGAAGAUACACAACACAGCCAAAAACAAGUGGUUUGUCUGUAUGGCCAAGACUGCGGAGGACAAACAGAAAUGGCUGGAUGCUAUAAUCAAGGAAAGAGAGCAGAGAGAGAGUUUGAAACUGGGGAUGGAGAGGGAUGCAUACGUCAUGAUUGCAGAAAAAGGAGAGAAGCUGUACCAAAUGAUGAUGAGCAAGAAAGUGAACCUUAUCAAAGACAGGAGGAGAAAAUUAAGUACUGUUCCCAAGUGCUUUCUUGGCAAUGAGUUUGUAUCAUGGCUCACAGACAUUGGAGAGAUAAGCAAACCAGAGGAAGGGGUCAACCUGGGACAGGCGCUGUUGGAAAAUGGAAUUAUUCAUCAUGUUUCAGAUAAGCACCAGUUUAAGAAUGAGCAGGUGAUGUACAGAUUUCGCUAUGAUGAUGGAACAUAUAAGCCAAGAAGUGAGUUGGAAGACAUCAUGUCCAAGGGUGUUCGACUCUACUGCCGACUACACUGCCUGUACACUCCUGUGGUAAAAGACCGUGAUUAUCACCUAAAGACCUACAAAUCAGUAAUACCUGCAAGUAAGCUGGUGGACUGGCUUAUUGCACAGGGAGACUGUCAGACUCGUGAGGAAGCUGUUGCACUGGGUGUUGGACUCUGCAAUAAUGGUUUCAUGCAUCAUGUUCUGGAGAAAAGUGAAUUUAAGGAUGAAUCCUUGUAUUUCCGCUUUUAUGCUGAUGAAGAGAUGGAAGGCACCAAUUCCAAGAGCAAACAAUUACGUAAUGACUUUAAGCUUGUGGAAAACAUCCUGGGAAAGGGUCUUCUGAUUUUACCUGAGGAGGAUGACUAUGGAUUUGACAUAGAAGAGAAGAACAAAGCAGUUGUGGUGAAGUCAGUUCGAAGAGGGUCUUCUGCAGAGAUGGCUGGCCUGCAGGCAGGAAGGAAAAUCUAUUCCAUCAAUGAGGACUUAGUCUUCCUACGCCCGUUUACAGAAGUGGAAACCAUUUUAAGCCAGUCCUUCUGCUCACGAAGGCCACUUAGGCUUCUGGUAGCCAUCAAAUCAAAAGAGAUCAUUAAAAUCCCAGAUUGUCCUGAAGCACUUUGCUUUCAGAUACGGGGAGCAGCACCACCAUAUGUUCAUGCAGUAGGAAGAGGUUCUGAGGCUGCAGCUGUAGGCCUUCAUCCAGGACAAUGCAUUUUGAAAGUCAAUGGGAGUAAUGCAUCACAUGGAAAUUAUAUGGAUGUUCUGGAGCACUUUACAGCAUACAGGACCAAACAACAGGAAGUGCUGGGAUUGUACCAGUGGGUGUACAGAACACAUGAAGAUGCUGAGGAGGACAGAGUUCAGCAAGCAGCAUCCAGUGCAUAUCUGAAUGGCAGUCAUCCAGGGUCCAACAAAGAAGACACUUCACUGACAGGAGAUGAAGAUUUGGAUCCACUUCAAAAUAUCCACCAGGAAUCAGCCCAGAUACAACAGACUGUCAGCUCUCCACUGAUAAGUGGUGAAGAAACACCUCUCAUUAGCCUGACUGUGGAUAACACUCACCUGGAGCAUGGGGUGGUAUAUGAAUAUGUCAGCAGUGCAGGAAUCAAAUCCUUUGUCCUAGAGAAAAUUGUGGAACCAAAAGGUUGCUUCUGUCUCACAGCAAAGAUUUUAGAGGCCUUUGCUGCAGAAGACAACCACUUCGUAAGGAAUUGCAAAAGGCUUAUAUCCCUAAGCAGUGCUGUGUCCACCAUGCCCCAGUAUGAGUUCCGGCAGAUCUGUGACACUAAGCUGGAAAGCAUUAGCAGGCGGCUUGCAAACUACCAAGAGUUUGCAGAUGGAUUAAAGACAAAGGUGAGCCCAGCCUUCAAACAAGCCAUCAUGGAACCACAUUCCCUCAACAGCAUGGAUUUCUGCCCCACCAACUGCCAUAUUAACCUCAUGGAGGUGUCAUACCCCAAAAACACUACCUCAGCAGGGAGGUCGUUCAGCAUUCGCAUUGGACGAAAACCUUCUAUUAUUGGUCUUGAUCCAGAACAAGCAGGUACCGUAAAUCCAGUCUCAUAUACUCAACAUUGCAUCACCACUAUGGCUGCACCAUCCUGGAGAUGUCUGACCCCAGAAGAUGGAGAUCUUGAUGGUAGUUUUGGCCAGCAGAAUGGAGGAACAAGUCAGGAAGAAAGAGGACUCAGUUUUCUGCUCAAACAGGAAGAUCGAGAGAUACAGGACUCAUACUUGCAUCUUUUUAACAAACUUGACAUUGCAGUGAAGGAAAUGAAGCAAUACGUCGUUCAGAUAAAUAAACUUCUGUCCACCAUAACAGAACCUACAGAAGGUGGUGCCUGUGAGCCACCAUCCACUGAGGAGUCGUCUCCACCUUCUCUGGGAACAGAAGAGAGUGAUCCUGACAAAGCUGAGCAUGGUGGCAUCAAGAAGGUCUGUUUCAAGGUUUCUGAGGAGGACCAGGAAGACUCUGGACAUGACACAAUGAGCUUCAGAGACUCCUACAGUGAAUGUAACAGCAACCGGGAUUCAGUGUUGUCUUACACCAGUGUACGGAGUAAUAGCUCUUACUUGGGCAGUGAUGAGAUGGGAUCAGGAGAUGAGCUUCCCAGUGACAUGAGGAUUCCUUUAGAUAAACAAGACAAACUUCAUGGCUGUCUGGAGCAUCUUUUUAACCAGGUUGAUGCAAUUAAUGCACUUCUAAAAGGACCAGCAAUAACUAAAGCCUUUGAAGAAACCAAGCACUUUCCAAUGGACCACAGUUUGCAAGAAUUUAAACAGAAGGAAGAAACCACAGUGAGGUGCCGAAAUAAUAUUCAAGCCAGCAUUCAAGAAGACCCAUGGAACCUUCCAUUGCGCAUCAAAAACCUCGUUGAAAUCAUACAAAAAUACGUGGAAGAUGGGAAGAAUCAACUGCUUUUGGCCUUGUUAAAAUGCACAGAUACUGAACUACAGCUGAGGCGAGAUUCCAUCUUCUGCCAAUCUCUUGUGGCUGCUAUUUGCACCUUUUCAGAGCAGUUACUGGCUGCUCUCAACUAUCGAUACAACAACAAUGGGGAAUAUGAAGAGAGCAGCAGAGACGCCAGUAGAAAAUGGCUGGAACAGAUAGCAGCCACUGGUGUUUUAUUAAACUACCAGUCCCUGCUCUCCCCUACUGUGAAGGAGGAGCGCACCAUGCUGGAAGACAUCCAGGUCACUCUGACAGAACUGGACAAAGUUGCCUUCUAUUUCAAGCAGCUGGAUGAAAGUCUUGUAGCAAAUACUCAUGUCUUCUACCACAUCGAAGGAAGCCGUCAGGCCUUGAAGGUUAUCUUUUAUCUUGACAGCUACUACUUCUCCAAACUGCCUUCUCGGUUUCAGAAUGGAGGAAGCUUGAAACUACACACGGUGCUAUUUACAAAAGCUCUAGAGAGUACAGAGGGGCAAUCACAACCAGCUGGCUUAUCUCUAGAAGAACUUCCACAGCAAAUUAAUGGUCAAUCUCUAGAAAAAGUGCAGCAAUACUACCGUAAACUCAGGACAUUUUAUCUAGAGAGAUCAAACUUGCCCACUGAUUCUAAUACUACUGCAGUGAAGAUUGACCAGCUUAUUCGUCCCAUCAAUGCAAUGGAUGAGCUUUGCAGGCUGAUGAAGUCCUUCAUUAACACAAAACCCAACCUGUCGGGAUACUCUAGCAGUAACACAUCAGGAGCUGGCCUGCUACCUAUAUCUUCUGAGCUCUGUUACCGACUCGGAGCCUGCCAGAUUACCAUGUGUGGCACUGGGAUGCAGAGAAGUACAUUAAGUGUGUCCCUGGAGCAAGCAGCCAUACUGGCUCGAAGUCAUGGACUUUUGCCCAAGUGUAUCAUGCAAGCUACAGACAUCAUGCGAAAGCAAGGACCAAGAGUAGAAAUCUCUGCCAAGAAUCUGAAAGUGAUGGACCAAAUGCCGCAGAGUGCGCCUCGACUCUACAGGCUGUGCCAGCCACCUACAGAUGGGGAUUUAUAAACGUGACAGAGGCACCCACAUUGUGGCACAACUAAAACAUGCACCAACAAGCAGCCCUGUCUGAGGACCCAUGCUAACCAACGCUGUGACACUGAAACAAGAGAGGAGGAGACUCUGCUUUUGCAGGAGAUGAACCUGUUGGCCCCAGGCAUCAGGAAUCUGCCUCUGAAGUCCUGCAGCACAUGCAGGGAUUCUUGUAUUUCUUUGACCUCUUGAAGAAAUUCUUGAAACAAACCCCACAGAACUAAGAUGGAUGUUACUGCCAUUGGUAGAUGCCUGGAACAGUGACAGUUAUGCAGCAAGAAAGUGCAGUUUUACUGAUAACAUUUGUGCUGCCACUUAAAAGCCGUAGACUUGAAGAUUUGGGUUGGUUGAGAAAACCCAGGAUGACACCUCUGUCUCUCCCUGCACUGUGUCUGGCAUCCAUUUAAUUGCCAGCAUAAUUUUGGUCAGUGGCCUUGAACAGUAGCUUCAUAAACACCACUUUGUAAUGUACUGACCUGCACUUUGGAUCAACAAAUAGCACAAUCAAUGGCUAAUUCAGAUGCAAGCAAAAAGAAUUUCUACUGGACUCAUUUUCCACUUCAGCCCAAUGAGAACCAAUCUCUCUAUGCUGCAGAGUAUACAUUCCAUAAUACUUGUCACCAUUACUUCAUUUACUUACUGUAGCCUUCAGUUUGGGAUUAACUCUUUUUACUAAUGCUCUGUUAUGUACUCUGGAAAUACAAUAAUAAUUCAGGGGAGAGAUUGGAGUGAAAGAUUUUAAAACAAACUUUACAAAGGAAAAAUACAGUCUUAGAAUCUGAUUAUUUGAACAGAUGUAGUUUUAAAAACCCGGUCAGAAGAACUAUACUUAUUUAUGUGGAGUGGAAUAUGUGUUUUGGAUCAUGUUAUUAUAUAUACAAGAUUUAAAUAAAAACUAUAUUGUUUAAAAUGGGACCAAUAUGCUGGCAAUUCCACAGCUACUCCCAGUUUACUGAAAAGAAAUCUACAUUAUUUAAAAUCGUUCAAUAUUUAAGUAGUCUUUAAUACAGUUAUUAAGAUGUAUUAGGGAUGCUUUUAAGUUAAAAGAAAAAAAGGAAUCGUGUAUAUAAUGUACUUUAUUUUUUCUUGUUUGAAAAAUUGUUUCCCAUCCUGUCAGUAUUAUCCUAAACACAGUGAUUUUUUCCAAAUUACUGGCUGAAACUCAUGAAACACGGCAGCAGUCUCAGGACAGAAAUAGUGAUAUUUUAGAGUGAGUGCCUUAAAACGACCGCCCAUCCGUAACAAAUCUGUAGCAGGUGUCAGUAGGACAGCGUGCAGGACAUUCACCAUUCCUUUGUUUCUCCACAGCCUCCUUUUAAAGAGUCAAUUGUUAAAAAUCCAGAAGCGCUUUGCAGUGAUGUAUGUUCUAGAAAAUAAAGGUUUGGGAUUUUUUAUUUGUGAGAUCGUUUGUUUUUCAGCUGGCUUAAUUUUAUUAACAAAACCCAACCAAUUGAAAUCUUCACAUUAGAGUCUUUCGAGGUGGAUAUUGAGUUCUUUCACAUUUUCUAAUCUAUACAUCAGCACAAAACAGCUGAGGCCAAGUUUGAGGACACAAAUUCUCAGUCUUGUCUCUGAAUUUUUAAUUAUUUCUUUCUUGCCUCUCAGACUACAAUAAUUUGGGAUAAGGAACGUCUUUGUUUAAAUUUCUCACUUCUAAUAUUUCCUCUGACCUACAGUAAUCUGUUGCAGGGAACCAGGGCAGCCCAGCAUCAGCCAGCUGUCAGAUAGAGGGGACUUUACUACAGUAGCCAUUCUGUACUGCAGUAAGAUGAACAAAGCAUUAUUUCAGUGCACUUUCUCUUUGUUUUCCUUUUUUUUUUUUCCCCUUCAAUUUUGUGAGAGUGAUUCACACCACUUGCUGUUUGAAGAAGAAAUGGAUGUUUCUUUACUGAAUCAUCAACUUAAAAUAUACUUCGUAUUAAUCUAAAUAAGAACCGUAGGAACAACCAAAUGUAAAAAGAACACUUACAAACUCAGAUCCUUGAUUUGCCUACAUCAGUUCUGUGCAGCAGAACUGCAGCAGUUUUAUAUAGCCUGGUGAGGAUUGUUGCCCUCAUUUAUGCAGUCAUUGUAGACAUUGGAGAUGCACAGAAGAGCAUCUAAGGGCAUUUACACUGUGCACUGUUUUAUGUUGAAAUGUACAUGUUAUUCUCAUUGAAAACAAUAGCAUUUUUGUUAUUAAAAGUUGAUUUAUAUUAUAAAUCAUGAGGAUAUGAUCUUAUUUUUCAGUUAUACCCCUUGUUUCUUUAGUGCUUUAAGUUCUGUUUAAUGGUUUCAGUUCCAUCUGAUAUUUUGUAUGGAGCUAUGAGGGGUCAGAAGUUCAACCUAUAAAGGAAAAGUUGCUUUCAGCAUCAGCUUGAGCAGGCAGUGCAAUGCUCAACUCUUCCUGUUUGUGCAGUGUGGGCUACAGAUGUGGUUCCACUGCAGACUUCAUAUUAAAGUAGAAAAGAAAACCUGUUUUGAUGCUGUAAAAUUGCAAUGUGGGAAUUUAGAGCUGGAAAAAAAAAAAAAAAAGAUUUAAGUGGGGAAAAAAGAAGGCAGUGCAAAAAAGGACCUGCAAGUUAGAGGAGUGAAUUAGGUCUGCAGAAUUUCUGUGGCUAAAAGCAAAGAAUGAAUCAGAUUUGCCACAACCAAGUGGGGAUUUCACUGAUCUGGAGCAUCUGAUCUGCUACCAUGUGAAAAACUCGAUUGAGAAGGAGAAAAUGGAAACUCAGAGUGUGAUUAUGAGAUGUGUAAGCAGCUGGCUAAAGGAAAGAAGGAAAGACUGAAAAGAAAGUGGGGGUUGGGGGCAUUUGCAAGUGGAAUUUCUUACGCAUCAGUCUUGCAACUGAAUAGGGUUAACUUUUCAUAUAGGGUUAACUUUUUCGUGAAUCACUGAAACACAGCUACUACAAGCCUGGGAUUGAUGAGAAGUUGAGAAGCACUGAUCUAGAGAAGGUUCAGGAUACACAAAAAAAUUCCUACGAGACUUGGCAGAGAAGUUUGAAUGGAAUAAGAUGUUGCAGUACAAACAGUAGCUCAUGCAGAUGAAAAUUAAAGUAUUUUGCUAUAUUUCUUGUUAACUGACAACAAAACAAGCUCGGUUGUAGAGUUUGUCACAAGAUGACUCAGAUUGAAUCUGAUAGUCAUAAAAGCUCAGCUGCACCCCAAGACAGAUUUCCUAUUGAGAACCACUCAAGCCACUGUGCAAAGGCCUGGUGGGCUCCUGCCAGACAGCUGUGUACAGUUACAGACACCAAAUGUUUAAGUGAAAUUGCAGUAGCUAGAUGAGAAAACACUGAAAUGCCAUCAGUAAAGUGGAUAAAAUUCUGCAAGAUACAACCAGAAGAACUUGAUAUUUUUUAGCCUAAAACACAACUGUAUCUGAUGCCUUUAUAAGAAAGAAAUCAUAAGAAAAGGCAAUUUAAUAAGUACAGCCACAAAGAGUACAAGCAAUUAGAGAUAGCUAUUGGCUGAAAAUUGUUCUGAACCUUAGAAAAACUUUUCUUACAAUCAGGUGCUGACAAAAAAAAACCCCCACAAACAAAACAAACAGUCAGACAACAACAAAACAACAUAAAGCAAAAGAAAGCCCCACCACUUUUACAAAGCUGUUCAUAAAGCUCAUAAAGAGCUGUAAGCAGCAGUGCCUACACUAACAGGAGUCUCUGCAGGAGUCAAUGCAGCUGUGUUUGGCUGCACAAACUGUUGGUCUACGACAGAAGAUAGAAAUGGUUCCUGCUCUGCCCCGUUUUGUCCAUGGCAUUUGCAAAGCAGAAAGCUGUUUUUCAAAACCAGGCCUAGCUAUCUUUUAGCAUUACAUGUUUUCAUAUUCCACUACUCAUUUACAGACUGAAUUACUAGGAUUUAUAGAUACGAAGCCAUUGGUGCAGACAAGUGUCUUGCAUUUUCUUUCAGAAUAAAGAAAGACUGAAAAACAAAAAACACCUCGACCUGGGCUUUGCCAAAUCCUUUCAUCUUCGUCACAUUUUCUGAUCAGUAAAUAGUGCUAGAGAGCUCACUUGGCCACUAUUCAGGAAUAUUCUGAACCCUAAUUAUUUUCUGGUUCUUAAGUGAUUUGAAGAUACGAAACAAUAGGUGACGAUGACAAGAAUUUCAAUUCUAUUUCAAAAUAAUUUGAAACCCUCCUACUUCCUUAGCAGCAUGUAGAGCACAGUCCCAGUAUGCAGCAUUAUAAAUACCAGGUGCAGCUUCUAAGCAUUUGGCCAUUAUUGAGUUAUAGAAGGGCAAAAAAUGAACAACGGACAGCUUAUGACCUCAGCUUCUUCACAACAGCAUAGCACAUAGGCUAACUGAUAAAGUAUCAGAGAUUAAUGAAAUUAAUCCAGUAUAUUGUGUAGCACUGCAGUGAUAAAAUAUAAGUUCAAAUAAAUGAGAUAAAUGCUCAGGAGUUAUUAACCUUAAUGGGGAAGAAAGGCUUUCCAACAGUGAAUUUUUCUUUCUUUGUAGAAUGAGAACCCUGGCUUUGAUGAGCACCACUGCCCCACCACUGGGGUCCCAUCCUUCUCUAUGUAUAAAUCCAUAUUUUCCUGUUAAAUAACAUGGUGCAAUAGCAGUUUUGAUGGUGCUGUCACAGCAUUGCUAGGCUACGUUACUAGAAGAGACUUUCUGUUUAAUAGAAACAAAAGAAAUCCUAGUGUCCUUAAGACAGGGGUUUGAGUGCUCUGUCUCACUGUGCCCAAUUUCUUUUGCUCCACUGAGCAAUUCACUUUUCUCCUUUGGGGAGGGAACUAAGUAACUAACUGUUGUCAUUGGCAUUGUGAAGAGUCAAAGAAGAACUGUAAACUGUUUUGAAAAGUGUCAGCGCUGUAGGAAUAUCCUGUAGAAACAGAAAGCUAGAUAGAAAAAAAAGAUAAAGGCUGUAAGGAUACAAAUAGAAACCUCUUAGAACAACAGGUUUGCUUUUCAUUAUUAGCCUUUCACAGAUGUUUUUAGAUGAGCUAAGACUCGUCUGGACAUUGAAAAUCACUGCACAAAUCCAGUGCCGUGGAACACACAAGUCCUUGAAGAUGACAAAGGACUUUUGAAAGACCUUUAAUUUUUACACUUUUCACAAAGCACAGGAAUGGCUGCACUACUCUGACCAUAGAUUAGGCCAGAUUUAAAAGGCUUUUGAAAGUAAACUGGUGAGCAACUAUAGGAGCACGAAUAAGAUUGCUGUAGCAUUCCCGCAUUUACAGCUCAUUUUGCACCUAAGAUCAAUUACCUCAUCUAGGCAGGGAGGGCAAUGCUGAAAUGACACAAGCUGUACAGUAUGCUUCUGCAUAAAACACACCUUUACACGGUUUUAGGAAAGUGUUCCAGAGAUGAUAUUUUUAUACCAGUUUGUAGGACUGGCAUUUUCAAAUGUUUUGUAAAGAGAAAAGAAUGUACAGAAUAUUUUAGAGUUGUUUUCCAAUUAUGUUUGAGGGAUUUUAGUAUACUAAUAGUGUUAUAUUUUUCUUCGUGUUCUGUAUUUUUAACUAAACACAUGUAUCCUGCAUUAAGAUAAAAGUCUUAAUAUAAUUUGUUCAACUUUUUGUGU